AUGGCAGCUCAGUCAGUGUAUCACGUGGUGUCGCCCCGCGAAUGCCGCGCUUCGCCUUUUGCUAAGCCCCGCCCCUUGCCUCGCUCCUGUCUCAAUCCCGCCCCUGACGUCAUCAUCGUGCGCCCGGCGCCAGCGGGGCUGCAGGGCCGCGCGGGGCGCCGCGCCCCGCCCCCGAGGGGGGGGCUCCCCGAGGCCAAGCGCCGCGGCCGGGCCCGGAGCCGACGGGAGGGGCUGGAGGCGGAGCUACAGCGGCUGGACCUAGGUGCAGAAGCAGCAGCCCCCACUGGGACAGGGCUGGUCUAUGAUGAUGCUCACAGCACUGAGGGGGAGCCGAAGCCGCUGUCGGUGGCUUGGGCAGCACUGGAAGAGCUGGGGCUGGUGCAACGCUGUGUGCGAGUGGAGUGUCGCCCGGCCACCGAUGAGGAGCUGCUGCUGCUGCAAAGCCCCACGUUGCAGGAGCAGAUGGAGCAGCAGCGCCCCCCCCCGGCCCCCCCGGGCCUGUCCUUGGCUCUGGGGUCGCUGCUGGAGCUGCAGCAGAAGGUGCUGAGCGGGGACCUGCGCAACGGGCUGGUGCUGCUGCGCCCCCCCCAGCACUCGGGUCCCGGCCCCACGAGCAGCCCCAUUGGCAGCGCGGCCCGAGCAGCCCAGAGACACGGGCUGCAGCGGAUCCUCAUUGUGGAUUGGAGCCCCCAGCCCGGCCGGGCCCCCCCCCAACUCUUCCAGGAGGACCCCGGGUGAGUGCUGGGAUGAACUG